AUGUUUUACCUGGCUGAAGCAUUGUCAGAUUUUUAUAUUCCUGUCUCUGAAAUGCCUGAACACAAAAUCCAGUCAUCUGGGGGCCUACUGCAGAUAACAAUGAAGAUGGUACCAAAAAUACCUUCUUCUUUGGUUACAGACUUGGCUCCCAAAGUAUUUAUAAUUUCCUUUAAGUUGGUAACGGACCCCUCCCCCCAUUGUAAUUGUGCUGACAACACUUUGGAAGUUUAUCAACAUCAAGUGGUGGUGGCUAAUAUCUUUGAGUCAGAAAUCAACUUAUUGCUAUCAGAUGACAAAGUAGAAAAAGGCAUAGAGAUAAAAGAGAAGAUAGUGGAUAACCUGCAGUCUCAACACACAACUUUUAUACGUAACAAAAACUGA